UCCCACUCUUUGGAAACCGCUGGCCAUGCUCAUCUCCAAAUCCACGGCUGCUUCACCACCACCAAACCAAACCACUUAUAUACCCUGCCUCACUUGCCAACCACUCUCUCUCUCUCCCAUCUCAAUUAACCUUUUCUUCUUUCUCUUUCUCUUUUCCAUUAUCAUCAUCAUCAUCAUCAUCAUCAUCAUCGUGUUCUUCGUUUUCAUCAUAAUCAUAAUCAUAAUCAUUUCAAGAAAGAGUGGUGUGAACAGCCAUGAGGAUGAGCUGCAAUGGUUGCAGAGUGCUGCGCAAAGGGUGCAGUGAUAACUGCAGUAUCAGGCCUUGUUUGCAGUGGAUCAAAAGCCCUGAAUCACAAGCAAAUGCAACUGUUUUCUUGGCUAAGUUUUAUGGCCGUGCUGGGCUUAUGAAUCUCAUCAACGCUGGUCCUGAACACCUUCGUCCAGCUAUAUUCCGGUCACUGUUGUACGAAGCGUGUGGUCGGAUAGUGAACCCGAUCUACGGUUCGGUUGGGUUGCUUUGGUCGGGAAGUUGGCAGCUUUGUCAGGCGGCGGUAGAAGCCGUGCUGAAAGGCGCGCCGAUCGUGCAGAUCCCGUCAGAAGCCGCGCCGAUGCCGCAGCUCAAAGGGUAUGACAUACGGCACGUCUGCAAGGACUCGGCGGCACCGGUUGGCGAGCUUCGUAAGGUUGCUAAGCCGCGUAACCGGUUCAAGCGCUCGGCAGUGGUGAAGCCGAAGCCGAAGCCUUUGCCUGGCUGGCUCCAAUGCAAUAGCGAGCCGAGCCAUGACUCGUCUGAUAGCAUCUUCUCAACUGAUACUAUGGAAGCUUCUCAUGUUAGCCAGGCUGAGCCUAAUUGCAGCAAGAGUCAAGCUUGGUUUGAAGAUGGUGAUGAGGUUGGCCUUGAGCUCACUCUUGGUCCCUUUGAGCCAUCGACGGCGCCGGCUCCGGCGCCGGUGCCAUCUCAGCUUGAUUAGAAGGUAUUAUAAUAGAUAGAGAUAGGCGUAGAAUGAAGGGUAGCACCGGGUUUGCUUGGAGAUUCGGGCAGUGGUGAUCGUUGUUUCAUCAGUGGAGUGGUAGUCAGUGAGUGAGUGAGUUACUAGCUUACAGUUUUGGCGCAGUCAUAAUCAACCCAACCGUUUGUUCUUUUUUCAUAUAUGAUCUUCAUCAACAAUAAUCUCAAUAUGUCAUAGAAUUUUUUCUUUUUCUUCUUAUCUGUUUGUUUUUCUUUUUUAAUCUCCUCAAAUCAUCAUGUUUCUAUGUAUAUAUUGUUAAUAGAUGAGCAGCUUGUUUUAAAGA